AUGGCGCACGCGCGAAACAUUCUCCCUGACGAUCCCACGCCGCACCAUUACAAGGUCAGCAUCUUGCCGGACUUUGAGGCUUUUUCCUUCACGGGCCACGUUGAUAUACAGGUGACGGCAAAAAAAGCUCAAAAAAGUAUCACUCUCAACUACAAUGAGUUAUCCUUCGUCAAGGUGACUCUUACUCGUGCAGGGAAACCCUCGGAAGUGGAAACAAUUCCUACAGAAUCCAUUCUUCUCGACGCAGCGGAAAUGAAGGUGACAUUUCCUCUCCAGCAAUCUUUUGUUGGAGAGGCCGUUCUCUCAAUUGACUAUACGGGAUGUAUCAAUGACAAGCUAGCUGGCUUUUACAGGAGCAAAUACACGGUCAAGGGAAAAGAAUGCUACAUGGGCACCACGCAGUUCGAGGCUGUGGAUGCACGUCGUGCAAUCCCUUGCUGGGAUGAGCCGGCAAUAAAAGCGGUGUUUGAAAUGAUUAUUACCGCUCCGUCCAAUAUGAUGGUGCUUUCUAAUAUGCCACAUCAGCAUAAGGAAGAGGUUGGUGAUAAGAUUCGUUGGACGUUUAGUCCCACCCCUAAAAUGUCAACCUAUCUACUUGCCUGGACGAUUGGUGAGUUCGAAUAUAUUGAGCGACGCAUUAAAAAAACGCAUGGAACCGAAAAUGGUCAGUCGGAAGACACACUUGUGCGUGUUUUUACGCCUGAAGGGAAAACUUUCAAAGCUUCUUUUGCCUUGGAUGUUGCUUGCAAAGUAUUGCCACUCUAUGAAGAAUUCUUCGAAUCCAACUACAUAUUACCCAAAGUUGACCUUCUUGCCAUACCUGACUUUGCUGCGGGUGCAAUGGAAAAUUGGGGUCUUAUCACCUACCGUGAAACAACUCUUUUAUGUGAUGAAAGCUCAAGUGCAUUUCAUCGUCAGUAUGUUGCUAUUGUAGUGGCACACGAGUUGGCGCACCAGUGGUUUGGUAAUCUUGUGACAAUGCAGUGGUGGAAAGAACUUUGGCUUAACGAGUCUUUUGCCACUUACAUGGAGUAUUGGUCUAUAAACAAAUUGUUUCCUGAUUGGCAUGUCUUUACACAGUUUGUACAUGAGGAAAUCACGCAAGCUUUUAAAUUGGAUUCGUUACGAAGCUCGCAUCCUGUGGAAGUGGAUGUUCAGAAUGCAAAGGAAAUUGAUGACAUUUUUGAUGCAAUCAGCUACAGCAAAGGUGGGAGUAUCGUCCGUAUGGUGGUUAACUUUAUUGGAGAAGCUGCCUUCCAGAAGGGUAUGACUGCGUAUUUAAAGCACUUUGCAUAUGGAAAUGCCACAACAGAAGAUUUGUGGAACUUUUUGGGGAAAGCAGCCGGAAAGCCGUUGGCACCUAUCUUGGAGUUUUGGACGAGUAAGCAAGGCUAUCCAUUUCUUACGGUUACCUCUUCGCCGGAUAAAAAAACACUACAAAUAACCCAAAAUCGUUUUCUUGCCACUGCCUGCGCCUCUGACAAGGAGGACGAAACUGUCUGGAAGAUCCCUUUGCUGCUUGCCACACCAGAACAUGGUGUUCAACGUCAUGUUUUGGAGGAGCGAGAAAAUUCUUUGCCGUCCCCACAUCCUUCAUGGGUGAAAGUAAACAGUGACCUCUCCGCAUUUUGUCGCGUGUUGUACGGGAGUGAGGAUUUGCUCCAAAACUUACUUUCUGCUCUGGCGAUGAAAAAACUAUCUAACAUUGAUCGACUUAGCAUUAUUUCUGAUUAUCAUGCCUUUGCCCGCGCUGGAUAUUGCAGCGCGGUUAAGGUGUUGAAACUACUUUCAUACUACGUGGAGGAAGACGAUUUCACAGUAUGGUGCUCUAUUAUGGACUUUGAAACCGAAUUGAAAGUCGUUGUGGCGACUCAAGGCAAGGAAGCUGUAAACGCGCAUAACGCUUUCUGCCGAAAAUUGUACUCCCGUGCCAUGAAGAAAGUUGGUUAUACCUUCAAAGCUGAUGAUGAUCAUAACGUGGUACAAUUGCGCACCGCACUCUUCUCGCGCCUUGUGGCCGCCGAAGAUGAAGAAACUAUUGCACACGCCCUUAAAUUAUAUACAGAACGCCACACGACGCCAAUAAAUUCAGAUCUUCGCUCCGCUGUCGUCAGUGCCUUUCUUAAGCGGAAUGACAGAGCUGCGUUGGAUGAGGUGAAGAUGCUUGCCGAGACGGCCUCGGAUGCGAUGGAACGAACACACUAUCUUCGUGCAAUGGCUUCUUCAAAGGUUGAUGGCUUGGUGACUGAACUAUUUGAAUAUGCCCUUUCUGGCAAGGUUCGCAGUCAAGACAUUGCUUACGUCCUUGGCCCUCUCGCUGCUAAUACGGAGACGUUCAAAGCAUAUGCAAGCGAACUCAAGCGCAUGUGGCCGGCGCUUGGAAUGAAACUCCCCGGACUUAUCCUAGGUCGCGCACUAAAGUUACUUGAAUAUGGGGCUGAAAAUACCGUGGCAACUGACAUGGAAGCCUUCUGGAAUAAACUUGACGAGAAUGAAAAACUGGGUAUGUCGCGCAGCUUCCAGCAGGGAGUUGAGGGGAUGCGCAACAAUGCAGCCUGGGCCUCCCGUGACGCCAAGGAGGUGGCAGAAUUUUAUUUUGAAGCCUAG